AUGCUAAAAAUUCUAAUUUUCGGCAUAAUAUGGCUGGUCGCUAAUGUCGAUGCAGUCGAAAUCGCAUCGAUUUUUGUUCCCCCGUCGGCUACGAGUUGUAAAAUAGGCAACGAAUGGGUGAUCGACUUUAUCAAGUUCAAAUGUAUGCAGAUCAAAAAGAAUGGGGAGAUCAGAAAGGGCAUAAAGGCUAUAGGCUGUGUUCCGGAGAAUACGGUGGCCGGGAAGGCGGUGGCUGAUGGGGGCACGUGGCAGGAUUCCCACUUUACGUAUCUGUGCAAUCGAACGAGGGAGGCCGGAGGAUCGGUGCUGAGCUUCAAGCCGAUAAACUGUCUCGACGCUACCGGAAAAGUGUUAAAACCCGGCGAAGAGCGAGAGAUGGCCGACAAGACGACCUACAAAUGUUUUUACGACAAGGAGAUGGACGUGCAUUUAAGCGUGGAUGGGAGCUCGCCAGGAUGUCAGCAAGGAAUUCAAGUGUACAAAGAGAGAUCGACGUGGAUGAUCUACAGACCGACUGAGGCCGAGGUAACAAAAGGGAAAACGGUGCAGCUCGGGAUUGGGGCGGCUACGGUAUGCGAGCGAGGCGAAAAUGGGGAGCUGCAUGCCAGGGAAUACGGAUGCAUUACGGCGGAUAAUCAACGAGUGGACCCGGAUGGUUAUGGGCUGGUGGAGGGUCAUGUUGUCAAGUGCGUCUGGGGAGCCGAGCAUCGCCUGCACUUUGAGCUGGCCAACGAUGAGCUGAUCGCCUGUCUAAUCGAUGGAAAACGUAUCGUAACCGGCACUGAGUGGCAGAGUGAGGACAAGAAGGAGCAGCUGAUGUGCAAAUUUGGGCAUGUUUACAAGACUGGCUGCUGGGUGGAGGGAGAGCUAAUUCCGGUGCACGAGUUCAAGUACGUCAAAGGGACCGGCUACCAGUGUGGCGAGAAGAUUGGCGAGGGGUAUCACAACUUCGGCGAGUUGCACGGUUGCACGCUCCAAAAUGGUACAGUAGCCAAGUUCUUCGACGAAUGGGAUACGGUGGAUAAGGUACUUCUCUGCCGCUACCGUAUCGACCACGGCGUCGUUUCCGCUUUUGUUCAGCAAAUUUAUUGCCGUUGGAACGGGACCCGCGUCGGACUAGGUGAAACGGCAGCUAUUGGAGUUGAUGUCGUGAAAUGCGGUGUUAAUGGGAGCCAAUACAGCGUCAACAAGUUGAGCGAGAUCGAGAUGACGGAAUGGAGGGCGCACGCCGGUGGCCUGCACGCUUCGGCCGACUUCGAGUCCGUAAAUGGCGAGGGAAAGGGGCAGUUUAUCAAGGAGACUACGACGACGAAAACGACUACGACCAAAGCCCCGACAACUACCGUAGCCCUUACGGCAAAGGCUACAGUAACCCCGGCUUCACUUGUAAAAGAGUGCUCCGAUCUACUAACCGGGAAAUACUGUCACGAUCUGGCGCCGAUUUGCAACGCCUCAAAAAUUCCUGAAACACCAAAAUCCGAAAUUCUACGAAUUCUGGAGGAAAACAGAUUAGAAAAAACAGCCACCGGAAAGAUCAGCGCCAUUUUGGACGACAAUGUUGACAACGUGCCCCACAAUAAUAUGACGGCCACCUGCGAUUCGCUGUUUGGAGGCCACGGAUGCCCGAGGAAGAAGCGCUGCCACAGCUGCCACGACAACGCUACAAACCUAAGGACACUAGUCGGGGCGCUGUGCCCAAAAACGUGCGGCCGAUGCACUAAUGGAGCUCACGACGCCACUGAACUGCUCGAAGCCGUGCUCAAAUUCCACAAGGCCGGGUGCGGAAAA